AUGGUCUCCUUCGCCUCCAUCGUCACGGCCGUCGUGGCCCUCGCGGGCUCGGCGCUCGCCAUCCCCGCCCCCGAUGGGAACAUGACGGGAUUCCCGUUCGAGCAGCUCAUGCGGCGACAGUCGACACCGUCGUCAACCGGCAGGCACAACGGCUACUACUACUCGUGGUGGACGGACGGCGCCUCCCCGGUUCAGUACCAGAACGGCAACGGCGGCAGCUACAGCGUCCAGUGGCAGUCAGGCGGCAACUUUGUCGGCGGCAAGGGAUGGAUGCCAGGUGGUUCCAAGAGCGUCACGUACUCGGGCACCUUUAACCCGGUUAACAACGGCAAUGCUUAUCUCUGCAUCUACGGCUGGACUCAGAACCCGCUCGUGGAGUAUUACAUCCUCGAAAACUACGGCGAGUACAACCCCGGCAACAGCGCCCAGUCGCGCGGCACACUGCAGGCUGCCGGCGGCACCUACACUCUGCACGAGUCGACCCGCGUCAACCAGCCGUCGAUCGAGGGCACGCGCACCUUCCAGCAGUACUGGGCCAUCCGCCAGCAGAAGCGCAACAGCGGCACCGUCAACACGGGCGAGUUCUUCCAGGCUUGGGAGCGCGCCGGCAUGCGUAUGGGUAACCACAACUACAUGAUCGUAGCCACUGAGGGUUACCGCAGCGCCGGAAACAGCAACAUUAACGUGGAGACGCCGGCGUAAGGAAAGAGGAAGUGUGGAAAGAAGCAGAGCUGGAUGGUUUUGCUGGGGACUGACUGCUGAUAGGAUGUCAUUCACGGCUGUGACGCGGUGAAUGAUGAGAGACGAUGAAUGUAUAUCUAAAGAAUUCUUCUCGCCCUGAAGGGGCACUACUUCAAUUCUUGUUUAUUCUUUAUAUCAGGUGGCAUUAAUGAAAUGUGAAAA